CUCGAAAAAAGAAGAAGAGGGAAGAACCAAAACAAAAAAAUUUAGCCACCAUUCCCAUGGCGGUCCUCUUUUUCAAUCGCCAUCUCUUCCAAUCAUCUUCUUAGGUUCAUCGUCGUCUCAGACUUUGUCUGCUAAUGGACACUCUCUCCCUCGGACUCCCCAUAUUCAGAACCCUCUAAGGAGGGAUUUUGCGUCUUAGUUGUAAACGAAUUCGCUUUAGCCUCAAAUUCCCAUCUGGGUUUGUUUAGUUUAUCAUUACCCUGCUGCCUUUUGAUUCGUUUUCUCAGAAUGAUUUUGUCGGGAUGUUUUUUUUUAUUCCUGAUGAUGUAUCAAUUGGAUAUGGGGAAACCGAAGGAUUUGGUUCGUUGAAAACCGAGGAACCUGGGAGUUGCUUUCUGGGUUGGUUUCAAAAUUUUGGUUUGUAUUAGGAUUGCGUGAUUUUGUUGUGGUGUGUGAUUAGAAAUUCAAUGUUUGAGCAAGACUAAGAACUGCUGCAUCGAUUAGUGACGUUCAAAUAUCAGACUGCAAACAGAUGGAUAGCCCUUUAACGUCGAUCUCAGCCCCUAAUUCCUCACCUGUCUCGAAUCCUGGUUCGAAUGAUGAAAACCCGCGUGUUAAAUUCCUGUGCAGCUUCUUGGGAAGUAUAAUGCCUCGCCCCCAAGAUGGCAAGCUUCGUUAUGUUGGGGGAGAGACAAGGAUUGUGAGUGCUCCAAGGGAUAUUACAUAUGAGGAGUUGAUGGUUAAGAUGAGGGAACUUUAUGAUGGGGCUGCAGUGUUGAAGUACCAGCAACCAGAUGAGGAUCUUGAUGCUCUUGUGUCUGUUGUCAAUGAUGAUGAUGUGAUUAACAUGAUGGAAGAGUAUGAUAAGGUGGGUUCCGGUGACGGAUUCACUAGGCUCAGGAUAUUCUUGUUUUCAAAUCCGGAACAAGAAUGUUCCUUGCCUUUUGUGGAUGGGGAUGAGAGGGAUACUGAGAGGCGAUAUGUAGAUGCUCUUAAUAAUUCGAAUGACAUGAAUGAUUUUGUUCGACAACAGAUGCCAGAUUCCCCUGUAAUUAGUGGCAUAGAUGAUGUGCACGGGAUAGAACAUUUUUUGAACCCACUGAAUAUUGAAGGUAGUCUUCACACCCAGAGGAGUUGUGAGCCCUUGUCACAAUAUCAGCUGCAUCAGCUCGCAGUCCCUUAUAUUGGUUCUGGGCAGCAACAACAAUCUGUGGCUCAAAGGUAUAGUGAAAUGGAAGCUCCGUGGAGUCCUGCUUUCGUUUCACCCAGGCAUCCUGGUAUGUAUGAUCCAAGACCAGUGGGAGAAUAUCCAUCUUCUCCAUCUGCAUGGUACCGUCUGCCAUUCCCUGAUUUUCCAGAUAAAUACUUUGAAAGAAUGCCUGAAGACUACGCCAGGGAGCAAAUGAAUCACCAGUAUAUGUAUGAACAUCAACCACAAUCUAACGAGAACAUUGUCUGGCUGCCAAAUGGACCUAUUAGUGAAAAGUCAGGGUUCCCUGGUAAUAUAUUACACGGACAUGGUGUUCCUGAUGGGAAUAGUUCUUGUGAACACUGUCGAUCAAAUUAUCAUCGGUAUCAAACACACCUGGAGCAAGCUAAUAUGUUAAAUGGACUUCCUCAUGAAUACUCUCAGAAUAGGGAGGCAUUGAUGCAAAAGGCUGACACGAAGUUCCAUCAUGGUAUUUUCCCAAAUGAGCAGAAUAUUAAUGAUCCUCGAUCUGCUUAUAACGAGGCACCACCCCAUGAGAGAGGAUGGAUUAUGCAACACCAGAUGAGCGUGCGGGGGGAUGACACGAGAACAUAUGUUUCUGGGGCUGGACGAUUGAAUGAUCACUACAUUGUGGAUGGCUCUGGCUCAAAUUUUCCUCCUACACAAGGUAAUAUAACUGAUGGCUACCAAGCUUCCAUGAAUUUUCAUGAUGAGGUAUUUCGUGACCAAGUUGUGCCUAGUGGGCAACAUAUGUGUGUUCCUCCUCCUGAAGAUCGUGGUGUUGGUUAUAUGAAUAUGCCUUAUGGAUAUGGAGCAGAUCCUCAAUAUCCUCCGGUGGCACACAGGCAUAUGCCUGGAAAUGCUGCCUGGCGAAAUGUUCAGAACCCGUCACAUGUUGCUCCUCCUUAUGAAGCAUCUGUUUCCAUUCAGCAAGGGAAUGUGACUGUUAAUCCAGGAUAUAUCAGAGCCAUGCAGGAGGGUAAUCCCCGCAUUCAUAUUGGUACGGACCAUCAAAAUCCUUGGCAUGAAUCCUCACAGAAAAUGUUGGGUAUUGAGGGAGCAACUGGUUCAGAGCAUUUACCUGCACUUGUUUUGAAGACCAGUUCGACCAUGGUUGGCCAUGACAAUCAACAAUUCACAAAUUUAGAACAUAUCCAACCACAUCUAGAUAAGAUAAACCUCGCCGCUUCUCCUUUGCAGAGAUCAGAUUCAUCUUCAGCAUUUAUUCAUGAAAAAAUGGUUUCACCUUUUAAUCCUAGCCAAAAUCCACAACCGAGGACUGUUAGUGUGAUUAAUGAAGCUAUGAUGAUGGAAAGGAAAAUUGUGCCUGGGGAAGGAAACGAACACAUGAUAACUGAUAUGGGGGAAGCUGACAUUUCUGAAGCACGCGUUGUAUCUCAUCCAGAGCAGAAUAACACUGAUGACACAUAUUCUGAGGUUGCACCCCCUGAAUCGUUAAAUUCAAUUUGCACAAACACUCCAGUAGAUAAUGGUGAUGACUUGAAAUCUGCUGUAGAGACUCUUGAAAAUCCAAAACUAUCUGUCAGCCGUCUGAGUUUCUUACCUGAGUUGAUUGCAUCUGUGAAAAGAGCAGCAUUAGAAGUAUCUGAAGAGGCAAUGGUUGAAGAAACCGCUCUAAGGAGACCUGAUUCAAUAGGGAAAAAAGAGACAGCUAAUGAGCUAGGCUCCUUGAAUGCCCAUGGGGAACCUGAGUUGGAAACUGGGAGUGAGAAUCAAAGCUCCACAAUUGAGCCAACAAAGGCUGAAGAAGAAGCCAUUUCAAGAGGAUUACAAACGAUUAACAAUGAUGAUCUGGAGGAGAUUCGUGAACUAGGGUCUGGGACUUAUGGUGCUGUUUAUCAUGGGAAAUGGAGAGGUUCUGAUGUUGCAAUAAAGAGGAUAAAAGCUAGCUGUUUUGCUGGACGACCCUCAGAAAGGGAACGUCUGAUUGCAGAUUUCUGGAAGGAAGCUUUGAUAUUAAGUUCCUUACACCAUCCAAAUGUUGUUUCCUUCUAUGGCAUUGUUCGUGAUGGUCCUGAUGGUUCCUUAGCAACAGUGACAGAAUUCAUGGUAAAUGGAUCGUUGAAACAGUUUUUGCACAAGAAGGACAGGACAAUUGAUCGUCGUAAGAGACUAAUUAUAGCCAUGGAUGCUGCAUUUGGGAUGGAAUAUUUGCAUGGGAAGAAUAUUGUACAUUUUGAUUUGAAAUGCGAAAACCUUUUGGUGAAUAUGAGAGAUCCUCAGAGGCCUGUUUGCAAGAUCGGUGAUUUGGGAUUGUCGAAGGUGAGACAACACACGUUAGUAUCGGGAGGGGUUCGUGGAACUUUACCCUGGAUGGCACCCGAGCUUCUUAGUGGGAAAAGUAACAUGGUGACAGAGAAGAUCGAUGUUUACUCAUUUGGGAUUGUUAUGUGGGAAGUACUCACGGGAGAUGAACCGUAUUCAGAUAUGCAUUGUGCUUCUAUAAUCGGAGGAAUUGUAAACAAUUGUUUACGUCCAGAAAUCCCGACAUGGUGCGACCCGGAAUGGAAGGCUUUAAUGUCAAGCUGCUGGGACUCAGACCCAGCUAUGAGACCAUCAUUUUCAGAAAUUUCUCAGAAGCUAAGGAAUAUGGCAGCUGCAAUGAAUGUGAAAUAGUACUAAAUCUUGGUUACAACCCAUCCACUAUUCCAUUCAUAUGCUAAGCCAAAAAUUGGAAAAAGACAUUAAAAAAACAAAACAUGAAGCAUAGUUUUUGCAACUUUAUGGCCACCUGCUGAUGAUUCUCAAAGUAUAAGAAGGCUAUUAGAUGCGAUGUCAUUCUCUUGUGGAAUCCUUUUCGUGUUCUAUACACUGCAUUGCUGGGAGACUACAAGUACAGAUAUGAAGGAGAUCCAUGAUAGGCAAUGGGAAUGACUUCACCUGGGAUUUUGGCGUUGGAAGCAUACGCCAUACGGUACGAUACGGUACAUUUGCCAUGAUUUUCUGGAAGACCUGUUUUCUGAAAUUUUUGUUUUUCAUCUGUGUGUUGGGAGUAUAUGUAAAUAGGGUGGGGAGAAGGAAAGGGAGUGAUGAUACUGCAACAAGCCUACAAUGUACUUCCAUAUCUGAGAUGAAAUUGAAUUGAAGUUAUUAUACAUAUAAAUUUUGAGAAGAAAAGAUGUUGGUUUGGGUGAA